CACAAGAGAUGAAUGUAAUAAAUAGCCAGACAGUACUAGUGUGACAUUAUAGGAUUCAUGAAAAGAAUCGUGAAUGCUUUCAAUUUCAGAAAUCUUCACAAAAUUGCAGGAAUGGACAACAGUAGCAGAUUGGUGUUCACUGUCGUCAUGGUAAUGGCAUACAUGGCGAUAGGAGUCAAGACCAUUCCACUCCAUUCUCUAAGUGUGGACAACAUCACAGUUUUGGCCUUCGGCCCAGCUGUUACGGCUACCCAGGUCAACCCCAACAACCCUGGGGUCAACACUCUGAACCCCAAUAACCCUGGGGUCAACACUCUGAACCCCAAUAACCCUGGGGUCAACACUCAGAACCCCAACAACCCUGGGAUCAUCACUGAGAACCCCAACUUGCCUUCUGCUUUUCCCACCACCACCACCACCACCACCACCACCACCACCACUACUACUCCACCAGCACCACCUUGUUCCUGGUCCGGACGGGACAGAAAAAACAAGAAAGACAGGAAAAGAUGUGAAAAAGAGAGAGAGGAAAAAGAGGAGAGAGAGGAAAGAGAGAGAGAGAGAGAGAGGAAGGACAGACAUAAACAUAAUAGAGAGAAGUGAGUGAGAAAUCUUUAAAGAAUUAGAGAAGGACCAAGAGAUGAGGGGACAGAGAUAGUGUGACAUAUUGUGAAUACUAAAACUAACUAAAACUAACAACAAUCAGUGUGAUUGGAAAUAACACAUGAUUGGUUUGUGUAGACACAGUCCAUUGUGUCUCUUGGGUAAAUUCUGGGUAAAGUCUGGGUUAAAAUGCCUGAUUAUUGAGCACAAUGAGAGUGAUCAGAAGAUUUUGCAGAGGUGUGGCUUUCAGAUUUAUUUCGGCCACUCUUGAUAAUAAACAUUUAUCUGUUCAAUUUUAUUGUCUCCAUGUAAGCCUCACCUCUAAUCAUGAAAGAAAAUUAUCCAUUUAAGCGACCUUAAAUAAAUUGUGUUCUUUGAUCUGGGA